GAAACCCUCGGUCGCCGGUUGAAACACAGCACGGGCUGCACGGCGCGACCACGAACGCCGGGAGGAAGGGGAACGUCGCCGCCGCUGCCGAGAUGGUGCUGUCGCAGCUGGGCGGGAGCAUCUCCCGCGCGCUGGCGCAGAUGGCGAACGCCACGGUGGUCGACGACCGGGCGCUCACCGAGUGCCUCAACGAGAUCACCCGCGCGCUGGUGCGGUCCGACGUGCAGAUCGGGGCGGUCUGCGCCAUGACGUCCAGCGUCAGGAGGGCCGUCAACCUCGAGGCCCUCGCCGCCGGCACCAACAAGCGCCGCAUCAUACAGCAGGCCGUCUUCGCGGAGCUCUGCAACAUGCUGGAUCCGGGGAAGCCGUCGUUCGCCCCCACCAAGGGGAAGCCCAACGUGGUCAUGUUCGUCGGCUUGCAAGGUUCUGGGAAAACCACCACCUGUACCAAGUAUGCCCGUUAUCACCAGGGGAAGGGCUUUAAACCUUCAUUGGUUUGUGCUGAUACAUUCAGAGCUGGUGCUUUUGAUCAGUUAAAGCAGAAUGCUACAAAGGCCAAGAUUCCCUACUAUGGAAGCUACAUGGAAUCGGACCCUGUGAAAAUUGCUGUUGAGGGUGUGGAGAGGUUCAGGAAAGAAAAUUCUGAUCUCAUCAUUGUUGAUACUAGCGGGCGCCACAAGCAAGAGGCUGCACUCAUUGAAGAAAUGCGUCAAGUUGCAGAAGCGACGAAACCAGACCUUGUGAUAUUUGUGAUGGAUGGUAGCAUUGGCCAGGCAGCGUUUGAUCAGGCACAAGCAUUUAAACAGAGUGCUUCUGUUGGUGCUGUGAUUGUUACAAAAUUGGAUGGUCAUGCGAAAGGAGGCGGUGCACUUAGCGCGGUUGCAGCUACAAAGAGCCCUGUUAUAUUUAUUGGAACUGGAGAACACCUUGAGGAUUUUGAGGUUUUUGAUGUGAGACCAUUUGUUAGUCGUCUGCUAGGUAUGGGAGACUUGUCUGGCCUGGUGAACAAGAUCAAAGAUGCCAUGCCUGCUGAUCAGCAACCUGAGUUUUUGCAGAAACUGACAGAAGGAACCUUUACUCUCAGACUAUUCUACGAGCUGUUCCAGAAUCUUCUUAACACGGGCCCUAUUGGACAGAUUUUAUCUAUGUUACCGGGAUUUCGUUCUGAACUGAUGCCAAAAGGACACGAGAAGGAAAGCCAAGCAAAGAUUAAGCGGUACAUGACAAUUAUGGAUUCUAUGACAGAUGCAGAACUCGACAGCACAAACCCAAAGCUGAUGAGCGCGUCACGAAUUAUCCGGAUCGCUCGAGGAUCUGGCAGGGCCGUGAAAGAUGUGACGGACAUGCUCGAAGAGUACAAGAAAAUGGCCAAGGUGUGUAGCAAGUUUAAGACGGCGAUACCGAACAAAUUAGAUUCUCUGAGACGAAACACCAACAUGCUUAACAAUGUCAUCCCUGAGUCAUUGUUGAAGCAGCUCGGGGGCAACAAUGGGUUGCUGAAUCUCAUGAAGCAGGUGGGCUCAAAGACAUGAACAGAAUGUUUUGGGAGCAUGUAGAUAGGCUGUGAAAACAGUUGACUAGCAUUGAGGACCUUGUUUUCGAUAGGACACACCGGCAUGGUUCUGAAGAAUCGGAACAUAACUUCUGUGGGUCCGGAUCAUCUGCGAACAGUGCUGGGAACAAUGUUGGAGUAACUUAGAUACGGUAUUCCUAAAGUAUUGUAUCUUAUAUGGAAACUCCGAUCUAGAAUUGAAUCUAACUUCUCCUAGAAAUGGUCAUGUUUAGUUCCUAAAAACAAUCACAUCAAAUCUUUAAACACCUAAACAAAACAUGAA